UUUAAAAUUAAUAUUUAACAAAAUGCAUAAUCACCUGAAACCUGUUCUGUUGAUAUCCAUUUUAGCCUGAACUGCACUUGCAAGUCAUGCAAUAGAUGAAGCUACAUUCUCGAAUUUUAAUGAGAUUCAAACUCAGCACUUUGUCUUAGAUAUUGACAUUAAUUUCUCAAGAAAAGUGUUUAGUGGAACUCAGACUCUACAUAUGAAAUCACUUAAUAAAGACUUGGCUGAAGUUUAUCUUGAUAUUAAUGAUCUUACUAUUUAUUCAAUUGAAGAUGAAGAGGCGAAUAACUUUGAGUACAAAAUCGACAGCCCAAAUCCAAUUUUAGGGCAACGUUUGACUAUUCUCAUCCCAAGCGACCAAAGAGGGAAAGAAAAUUACAUAUUUGUUAUUAGCUACAAGACUUCUCCAACUGCAGAGGCUAUUAGUUGGCUCACUCCUGAGCAAACUUCUGGAAAGAAGCUUCCUUACAUGUUCACUCAGUCUGAAUCUAUCCAUGCUAGAUCUCUUGCUCCUUUCCAAGACACUCCUAGUAUUAAAUCAACUUAUGUUGUAAACACGACUACUGAUGUUGAAUUCGUCACAAGAGUCAGCGGAAAUAUAACUUAUGACUACACAGAUUGCAUGAGUAGGUACUCUACCUUCGAGAUGAACAUCCCAGUUCAAUCCUACUUGCUUGCUAUCGCAUCAGGUAACUUGGUUGAGCGUCGCAUUGGAAACAGGACUUUUGUGAUUUCUGAGCCUGAAGAAAUCGAAAAAGUUGCCAAUGAAUUUUCUGAACUAGAAGAUUUUCUAAGUGAAGCUGAAAGGUUGACCAUUCCUUAUGAAUGGGGAGUAUAUAAAUUGCUGAUUCUUCCACCAUCCUUCCCAUUUGGAGGCAUGGAGAACCCUCUUUUAACAUUUGCUUCACCAGCUAUUGUUCCUGGUGAUAAAUCGUCAGUUGAUGUUGCUAUUCAUGAAAUUGCUCACUCUUGGUUUGGCAACUUGGUCACAAAUAACAAUUGGACGAACUUUUGGUUGAACGAAGGAUUUACAACUUUCCUUGAGAGAAAAACAGUCAGGAACAUCUUUGGAGAAGAUUUUAUGAAAGUAACUGCAAAGCUUGAGAACCAAACUGUGUACUUCGAAAUCCUAGAUUAUGGAUUAGACAAUGGAUUCACCAGCCUUCAUCCUGUAUUUAACGGGACUCAUCCAGAUGAAGCUCUUUCAGAUAUUCCUUAUGAAAAAGGAUUCCAAUUCCUGAUCUAUCUGGAAUCUCUAAUCGGAGAAGAUUAUAUGUUGGAAUUCUUAAGAUCAUACCUCAAAAACUUCGCUUAUACUAGCAUAGAUGUCACAAAUUUCAUCUCGUUCUUUAGUGAAUACGUACACCAGAAGUUCACUACGACUGAUGCUGAAAAAAUCUUAUCCAAAAUUGAUUUUGAUGCUUGGAUAUAUGCUCCAGGACUUCCUCCGAUUACUGUUGAUUUUGAAACAAAGGAGUACAAUGAUGCAAUAGAACUUGCUCAGAGUUUCUUAGAUGCUAAGGCCAAUGCGACCUCUGCUCUCCAAAUAUUCAAAAGUUUCUCUGUUAACCUCAAAGGUCUCUUUAUCAGCCACCUCAUCGAUAACCAAGAAAUUGUAGAUGACUGUAUGGCUCAGUACAUCUAUGAUACUCUCCAACUCGGCGAUGAGAUCAAUGGAGAAGUCGUAUUCAGAUGGCUAAUUGUAGCAAUCAGAAGUGGUCAGCUUAGAGCUCCAUUCGAAUCUGCUGAUGAAUUUGUUGGAUCUAUUGGAAGAAUGAAAUAUGUCAUUCCUGUCUACCAAGCAAUGCUUGACAGUAAUGCUGCCAUAGCUAAGGAAAUCUUCAACAAGCAUGAAGACUUCUACCAUCCAAUUGCAAUAAAAGCAAUCCAAGAUAUUUUCUCAGAGGACGUACUAAUUUCAGCUUAAAUCUGAACCAAUCUGGGA